CUGGUGCAACAACGUCAAAUUUCAUCAGGCACUUGAAAACUCACCCGGAGAGCCAGAAGAGAGGUAUAUCAAUCAACAUGGAUCCAGUAUACAGUCCAGGAUCCUGGAAAUCAAGGAAGCUGACAGAGCCAAGAGGGAUGCACAGGUUCAGCGUACCGAGAGGCUCUUUGCCUCACAGAAAACCUGCAGUGACACUGUUCUGGAGAGACUGGGAUUGUCCCUCCAGCCCCCUGACACCCGAACCCUUCUUCAGCGUCCAACUUCUCAACCAAGGAGACCUGAAUCCUCUCAGCCAGGAAGGAGAAUCAGGCACGUUUCAGAGGACAUGAGGUUGUUGGAAGACAACCCCUUCUUCGAAAAAAAGCUGCUGAUGGGCAGUAAAGUGGCAAUACUUCAUUGUAAAAUGGCAAAAGUGGCAAACAAAAACAGGAACACAAGCCCAGACUACUCCCUCAGCUCAAUAGACACACACACUCCUGAUGAGCUGAGGAUCAUUCCACACUUAGGUCGUCCUAUCAGGAGACCAUCUCGUCUACCAGUGAUGAAAAAGAAACACAGUGAAGAGGGCAAGGAGGUAGCCGACGGUUGCAUACUCAGAACAGCUCAAGAGAAUUUCAAGAGAAUUGCAGCAACAAUGAAAAAGUUCAUGGUUGACGACAGUCCUGCACCAACUCCACCGCCCAGAAGGACCUCGUAUGUGGCACGUAAAGCUUGGAAACCCACUUUGAAACCUCGAGCAGCAGCUCCCCCGCCAAAAAAAGCCCCUCGUACCCACAUCCAGGCAGAGGCACCCAAGGUUCCCGUCCCUCCAAAAAAAGCAGCCCCUCCCAGCAGAAAAGGACCUCACCGUGGGACGAAACUCAGCCCUCAAAGGGCUGUCCCACAACAAUAUAUGGAGCCUUUGGCCCACCCUGAGGAGGGCCUGUCCAGCUUUUUUCAAAAUAUUGGCUCAAAUGAAUGGAAGAAAAAGCUUUUGGGAUUAAAAACAAUUCAAGCUAUUGCACAAAACCACCAGGAAUUACUAACUAAGAUUAAACUGCAUGAAGUAUGCAUAGUCCUUGCAGAACAGGUGAAUAACCUGCGCUCGGUCGUGGCCUGCGCUGCAAUGGACGCAUUAGCAGAUCUCCACUCUUACCUGGGGAAGAUGAUGGACCCUGAGGUGGAGCGGACCGGAGGCGCCCUGCUGCUGAAGCUGGCACAGACGACCAACGCCUUCAUCCUCCAGCAGGCUCACCUCGCCCUGGACGUGCUGGUGAAGGGAUCCAGCCCUGGAAGAGUUAUGAACGUUCUCCUUAACAUAGGAUCGAACCACCGUUGUCAUGCAGUGAGGGCGUGCACAGCAUUGCACCUAGAACAGCUGUUGUACAUCAUCGGAGAGGAUGAGAUCUUUGCCUCUGGGAAGAUAAUCUCAGAGCGUCUCCUUAUUGCCGUCAGCAAGAUGGCUGUGGACGCUGCAUCAGAAGUCAGGCUCCAUGGACAGAGCAUGCUCCUGGUACUCUCCCGGCAGGAGGAGUUCUCUGUCCUGUGGCAUAACAUCAUCCCAAUGAAGGACAGGCACCCAUUGCAGAAGAUCCUGCAGAAGAUGAGGCAGUAGAAGCGGAGGCGACGGGAAGACAUCGGGGCAACAACAAAAAGUAGACUGGCAUGGGGUUGCAGGGGUUAGCUCUGUCAGCUCACAGAAAGUAGGGUUUCAGGUGAUCAGGUGGGUCUUUCUGUGUGGAGUUUGCAUGUUCUCCCCAUGCCAGUGUGGGUUUACUCCAGGUGGUCUGGUUCCCUCCCAUAGUCCCAAAGAUAUGCAGAGUUGAUUAAUUGUUGUCUGUCUUUAUUUGUAUUUGUGUGUACUUGUUCCGUUUAUUUUUCUUCUGCACAGGCACCAUGGACAGAUCACGCCUCAGGGACUUGCCCACCAGAAGAGGUCCACGGCCAUGCCUACGAAUGACCGCUUGCAGGAGAUGCUGUCGUAGAAACGCAAGCCAAAGGAACCCAGGAGGAGAUUUUGCACCACAGAGGAGACGGGAAGAAAGGAGGACAUCGGUUCACUGUGUAAUUUAGGCUGGCAUGGUGGUGCGGGGGUUAGCUCUGUGGCCUCACAGAAGGAACAUUGUUGGUGUCUAGCUCUUUC